UUCCAACUAACCUCAACUCUCUCGCCUUUAUAUAAACCCUAGGUACGUACGUUCUCUCGUCACACUCACUGAGACACAAACCCACGUGUCAAUGACCUCGUCAUCCAUCAAACAACCGUCUCAGGUGGAGGAAGAGAACCACCAUCACCAAGAUCAAGAAGAAUCCCACCGAACUAACAACAAGAAACGGGUUAGACCCGACCCGGGUUAUCGAGGCGUCAGGAUGCGUACGUGGGGCAAAUGGGUCUCCGAGAUCCGUGAGCCACGCAAGAAGAGCCGUAUCUGGCUCGGCACUUUCUCCACGGCGGAGAUGGCAGCGCGUGCACACGACGCGGCUGCUCUCACCAUCAAAGGAACCUCCGCUGUCCUCAACUUCCCGGAGCUCGCCACUUACCUUCCCCGUCCAGCUUCCUCCUCUCCCCGUGACGUCCAAGCCGCAGCCGCCGUAGCCGCCGCCAUGGAUCCCACCACCGUCGUCGUCUCGGAGAUGCACUUGUCUUCAGCGAGUAGCUACUCGACGUCUACGAUGUCUUCAUUGUUGUCACCGUCAAGUGAAGAAGCAGCGUCAUCGACGCCGGCGGAAGAACUGACCGAGAUAGUGGAGUUACCGAGUCUUGAGACGAGUUACGAUGAGAUGUGGAGCGAGUUCGUGUACGUUGACCCGGAGUAUCCUCCUAGUUCACCUUGGUAUUUUAAUAACUCAUGUUUUUAUUACCACAGCGACGAAACUGGCACUUCGAUGCCUGAACCUUUUGAGUCUUCCAAUUUUGGCCCCCUUUUUCCUUAG